AUGAAAUAUGGAAUGCUAAUCUUACUUCAUCUUUAUAUGUCAUUCACGCCAGCAGUUUAUGAGAACAUGGAAUGUGUUGACAACGAGGUUAAUCUUGUGGAUCAUUCUCAAGAACAAAUACUUCAAGCUGUUAACACCAUACAUGAGGAACGUAAAGUGCACUCAGACCCAAAACCAGCUAAUUUUCUUCUUGUCCAAGGUUCACUAAAGCUAAUAGAUUUUGGCAUUGCCAAAGCAAUUAUGAGCGAUUCGACUGACAUUCAACGUGAUUCGCAGUUUGGCAAAAUUAGUGCAAAUUCUGAAAAAAAGCCUCAGGUGGCAGAUUGUGGGUACACUGAGUUAAAUGCAUGUCACCAGAAGCAUUCACGGUGCAAUGAGACUGUUGCAAAUGGAAACACCAUAAAGUGUAGCCGUCCAUUAGACAUCUGGUCACCUGGUUUGCAUCCUUUACCAAAUGGUAUAUGGAAGAACGCCAUUUUCAGA